AUGCAAGACUUGAUUAAUCAAGAGAUUUUGUUUUUCUCCGAGGAAAAGCCUAACAUGAAAACGAACCCCUUUCCUAAUCAUGGCGGUUCAGCAGUCAAUGCCAUUAUUGAAGAGGAAACAGCAGAAUUUGUACUACCGACCGACGAUGUGAAGACUCCGUCGUCAGUUGUGUUGAAGAGACUUGAACAGUUUGGGUUUCUAGCAGGUAUACAUGAAGAUUGUGCAGCAAUAGAAGAAGUUGCAGUAAUCGAAUCGAUAACUAUUGUGUAUAGGAAGAAGAAGGUUGAAGCUCCUCCCAAGAGGAUUCAGCCAAUCCAUUUUCGUGUUCCUAGUCCGUUUCCAUAUCAGAAUACCAAGGCGAUGCCUUGGAAUUAUGAGACAAUAACAUAUGUGGGAGGAAAAGAAAUUUGCAUUCCUGUCAUUGAGAUCGCCAAUAUAACUGGAACGAGAGGCAUGAAUCGCAGUGGUCGUGUAUUCACUCCAAAAUACACUCUUAGGGUGUCUCCAUCACCCACAAUUAUCCCUCAUAAAGAAAAGGUUCUUCCUACUACUCCUCCGCAUGCAGGGGCAACUGUACCGACCACUCUGAACAUGACAACUGUUCCAGCACCGACGAAUGCUAUUGCUAACAAAGUUGCAGAAUCAGAAAUGUCUAAAGGUAAAGGGUCGAUGGUUGAAGACGAGCAAGAUAUCACGGUCGAUCAAUUUGACGACGUGGUUGCGAAUAUCAUAACCAAUAGGUAUUUAGGAUUUAAUGAAGCAGAAUUACCUCCCGAGGGAAACACCGAUAAUAAAGCACUACACAUUUCAGUCAUGUGCACAAACUCUCUUCUAUCUCGAGUCCUCGUCGACACUGGUUCUUCGCUAAAUAUAAUUCCAAAAACUACAUUAAGUCAAUUGCAGUUUAAAGGGCCCGAGAUAAGGACCAACACACUGAUUGUUCGGGCUUUUGAUGGUUCCCGAAGACAGGUUAUUUGGGAAGUAGAUCUGCCUAUUUGUGUCGGACCUCACAACUUCAGCAUUACCUUCCAAGUUAUGGAUAUCAACCUAGCUUACAGUUGUCUGUUAGGUAGACCGUGGAUCCAUGUUGCAGGGGCAGUCACCUCUACGCUACACCAAAGGAUGAAAUUCUUGAUUGAUGACAAGCUGGUAAUUGUGUGUGGUGAAGAAGACAUAUUGGUUAGUGAACUCUCGUCGUUCAGAUAUGUCGAGAUAGAUGAAGGAAUUGUUGAGAUUCCGCUCCACCGUUUAGAAUUUGGAGAAGUCAGUUAUACUACCACCAAUCAUGUUCAAUCAUCCGCCACCAUCCUAUCUUCAGUCAGAAGCGCCAAGCAGACUCUCGAGAAAGGCCCACUUUCUGGUUGGGGGUAG